ACGGGUACGGGAGCCGGGCGGGCACGUUCCGAACCGUGGCUGAGGCGGCGGCGGCGGCGGCGGCUGCAGCGAAGGAUGCACCCGGCAGGCUUGGCGGCGGCGGCGGGGACGCCCCGGCUGCGUAAGUGGCCCUCGAAGCGAAGGAUCCCUGUGUCUCAGCCGGGCAUGGCUGACCCACACCAGCUUUUCGAUGACACAAGUUCAGCCCAGAGCCGGGGCUAUGGGGCUCAGCGGGCACCUGGAGACCUAAGCUAUCCUGCAGCCUCCGCCACGCCCCAGGCAGCCUUCCUGGCUGACCCCGUGUCCAACAUGGCCAUGGCCUAUGGGAGCAGCCUGGCUGCGCAGGGCAAGGAACUGGUGGAUAAAAACAUCGACCGCUUCAUCCCCGUCACCAAGCUCAAGUAUUACUUUGCUGUGGACACCAUGUAUGUGGGCAGAAAGCUGGGCCUGCUGUUCUUCCCCUACCUCCACCAGGACUGGGAGGUGCAAUACCAACAGGACACGCCGGUGGCCCCCCGCUUUGACGUCAAUGCCCCAGACCUCUACAUUCCAGCGAUGGCUUUCAUCACCUACGUUUUGGUGGCUGGUCUUGCGCUGGGGACCCAGGAUAGGUUCUCUCCAGACCUCCUGGGGCUGCAGGCAAGCUCAGCCCUGGCCUGGCUGACCCUGGAGGUGCUGGCCAUCCUGCUCAGCCUCUAUCUGGUCACUGUCAACACUGACCUCACCACCAUUGACCUGGUGGCUUUCCUGGGCUACAAAUAUGUCGGGAUGAUCGGCGGGGUCCUCAUGGGCCUGCUCUUCGGGAAGAUUGGCUACUACCUGGUGCUGGGCUGGUGCUGCGUGUCCAUCUUUGUGUUCAUGAUCCGGACCCUGCGGCUGAAGAUCUUGGCAGAGGCAGCGGCUGAGGGGGUCCCGGUGCGUGAGGCCCGGAACCAGCUGCGCAUGUACCUGACCAUGGCGGUGGCGGCGGCACAGCCUCUGCUCAUGUACUGGCUCACCUUCCACCUGGUGCGGUGAGCACGCUCACUGAGCCUCCCGAUGCUGCUGCUGCUGCUGCUGCUGGGGGCCACUGUGGCCGCCGGACUCAUCUCCCGCCUGCAGGCCCCAGGGUCCACCCUGUUUGGGCACAGGCGCCGCCCCCAUCCCAAGUCCUGCUGAACCCUGCCCCCAACCCAAGGUGCUGAGAGAUCUCCAGCUGCACAGGCCACCACUCCAGGGCGUGGCCACUGUUACAGAAACAAUAAACCCUGAUGGUCAUGA